CCUCCCAGACCCGGUUGAGGCCGCGGCGGACUGCCCUUCCCCAAGAUGGUGUCGAAGGUGGGUUCGCGACGGUGGCUACUGCAGCUGCUCAUGCAGUUGGGCUCGGUGUUGCUCACACGCUGCCCCUUCUGGGGCUGCUUCAGUCAGCUCAUGCUGUACGCCGAGAGGGCCGAGGCGCGCCGGAAGCCCGACAUACCAGUGCCCUACCUGUACUUCGACAUGGGGGCGGCCGUGCUGUGCGCCAGCUUCAUGUCCUUCGGGGUGAAGCGGCGCUGGUUCGCGCUGGGGGCCGCCUACGUCGGGGGCUACGUCCACUACGGGGACUGGCUGAAGGUCCGUAUGUACUCACGCACAGUUGCCAUCAUUGGCGCAUUCCUUGUGCUGGCUAGCGGUGCUGGGGAGCUCUACCGUCGGAAACCCCGCAGCCGUUCCCUCCAGUCCACGGGCCAGGUCUUCCUGGGCAUCUACCUCAUCUGUGUGGCCUACUCACUGCAGCACAGCAAGGAGGACUGGCUGGCAUAUCUGAACCAUCUACCUGGAGGGGAGCUCAUGGUCCAGCUGUUCUUCCUACUGUAUGGCAUCCUGGCCCUCGCCUUCCUGUCUGGCUACUACGUGACCCUGGCUGCCCAGAUCCUGACUGUACUGCUACCCCCGGUCAUGCUGCUCAUUGACGGCAAUGUUGCCUACUGGCACAACACACGGCGUGUUGAGUUCUGGAACCAGAUGAAGCUCCUUGGAGAGAGUGUGGGCAUCUUUGGGGCCGCUGUCAUCCUAGCCACUGAUGGCUGAGUUGCACUGGGAGAAGCUGAAAUGGGUGCAGGGAGCCGCUGAGGGUCACCCUACCUUUCUUGCUGGCCCAGUUAUGUUUAUUUAUGCUUUUUGGUCUGUUUGUUUGAUUCUUUGCUCUGUGUGUAUGUGGGUGUGUUGGUAAGAGACAGGUCUGUUCCCCAAUUCCUGGGCUCAGCCCUUGAUGGGGGAGCCCUCAUGAUGAUGCCUUACAGGGUUUUUCUCCAUUUGUUAGGAGGAGAGCUGAGGCCAGAGAAGAGAGUAAGGCAGCACUAGGGUAGGGGUACUGGGUGUGGGAGACAGGAAGGAAGACCUAAGAACUGGAAGAGAGCAAAAGUGAAAAAUUCCUUUUGAACUGGCAGAUGCAGCUAGGCUAUGCGAACAAGUAUGCGCGCUGACAAGUGGAUCAGGCCCUGGAGGAGCAGAGGGGCUGGUCGCCACAGAAGUCACAUGGGUUCUCAGGAUGUGCCAGGGGCAGAAACAACACUAGUUUGAGAGCAGAGCAGGCCACAGUCUACUCGGGUGUGAAGGGGUGGGGCAAGCAGCGGCCAACUUUCCGCGCCCUGCCUUCUGUUUCCAGCUCCAUGGAUGGCCUGGUGGGGUGAGUGCCCUCCCAAACACCAGACCACACAGUCCUCCAAAAAUAAACAUUUUAUACAGAAA